UCCCCUAAUUUUUUUUCACCACCGUCUUAGGGUUUUUUUCUCCAUUUCUAUACACUCCCGAUCCAAGAACCGAAUCCUCCAAAUACCGUCGACGAUCCCUGGACGAAGGCCAAGAUUGCCAUGUCUCUCAGACCUAACGCUAGGACGGAAGUUCGCCGGAACCGCUACAAAGUGGCGGUUGACGCGGAGGAGGGACGACGGCGGAGGGAGGACAACAUGGUUGAGAUCCGCAAGAGCAAGCGCGAAGAGAGCUUGCUGAAGAAGCGCCGCGAGGUUCUCCAGGCCGCGGCGCAGCAGCAGUUCCCUCUCCCCGCCGUCGAGAAAAAGUUGGAGAGUUUGACCUCCAUGGUUUCUGGGGUUUGUUCGGACGAUAGGAAUCUGCAGCUUGAAGCGACUACUCAGUUCAGGAAGCUGCUGUCUAUAGAGCGAAGUCCUCCAAUCGAGGAAGUGAUUCAGGCUGGUGUUGUGCCCCGUUUUGUUGAAUUUCUCACAAGGGAAGAUUAUCCACAGCUCCAGUUUGAGGCUGCUUGGGCAUUGACGAACAUAGCAUCCGGAACUUCAGAGAAUACAAAGGUGGUGAUUGAUCAUGGUGCUGUUCCUAUUUUUGUCAGGCUGCUAGCCUCACCAAGCGACGAUGUCCGUGAACAGGCUGUUUGGGCUUUAGGAAAUGUUGCUGGUGAUUCUCCACGGUGUCGUGAUCUUGUCCUCAGUCAUGGGGCCUUGAUGCCCUUGUUAGCACAGCUGAAUGAGCAUGCUAAGCUCUCGAUGCUGAGAAACGCUACUUGGACGCUCUCAAAUUUCUGCAGGGGCAAACCACAACCUCCUUUUGACCAGGUUCGGCCAGCACUUCCAGCCCUUGAGCGUCUUGUUCAUUCGACUGAUGAGGAAGUCUUGACAGAUGCUUGUUGGGCUCUCUCUUACCUAUCUGAUGGUACAAAUGACAAAAUUCAAGCUGUUAUUGAGGCAGGCGUUGUUCCUCGACUUGUGGAGCUUCUCCUAUUCUGGAUCCUUCCUGCUCUUCGUUCUGUUGGGAAUAUAGUUACCGGAGAUGAUAUGCAGACACAGUGUGUAAUUAAUCAUGGUGCUCUACCCUGCCUUCUGAGUCUUCUGAGUCAUAAUCAUAAAAAGAGCAUAAAAAAGGAAGCUUGCUGGACGAUCUCAAAUAUCACUGCUGGAAACAGGAAUCAAAUUCAGGCUGUAAUUGAAGCUGGUUUGAUUGGGCCCCUAGUCAAUCUGCUUCAAAAUUCUGAGUUUGAUAUAAAGAAGGAGGCUGCCUGGGCGAUCUCAAAUGCUACUUCAGGCGGUUCCCAUGAGCAAAUCAAGUACCUGGUUGAACAAGGAUGCAUAAAGCCAUUGUGUGAUCUUUUGGUGUGCCCUGAUCCAAGGAUUAUUACCGUCUGUCUGGAAGGACUGGAGAACAUUCUGAAAGUUGGGGAAGCCGAAAAGACCAUGGGUAACACUGGGGAUGUAAACUAUUACGCACAGUUGAUUGACGAUGCUGAGGGAUUAGAGAAGAUCGAGAAUCUGCAGAGUCAUGAUAACAACGAAAUCUAUGAGAAGGCAGUCAAGAUUCUUGAGACAUACUGGUUGGAAGAGGAAGAUGAAGCAUCACCGCCUGGUGAUGGUUCAGCUCAAGGUUUUCAGUUUGGAGGCAAUGAAGCGCCCUUACCAUCAGGUGGAUUCAAUUUUAAGUGAAGGGGGUGGGGAAGGUCUGGGGUAAAAUCGUAACGUGUCUUCUUUUGGUAUAGAAGUGGGGAGUGAUCUCUCUGGUGUCAGUCAGUGGUCCGAAAGAAGGGUGCUUCAUCUGGUCUGGUCAGGUCAUGUCCGAGUGAAGGGAAGGGGGUCGGAGUCCGUAGAUGGAAGGGUCGGGGUCUCUCUGGUGUCAGUCAGUGGUCAGAAAGAAGGGUGAUCCAUCGGUCAAACACAGUGGUCGAGGAUUGGGGGAAUGGUCUCUGCCUUUGCUUAUGUGCCCUCUUUUUCACUACACGGUUUCAUACACACACACACACACACAUACACAUAUGUAUAUGUAUAUGUAUAAAGGCAUGCAGGGGAAAACAUAUGUGGGUUGUUGGGUCCUCGGCGGAGGAAGAAUUUUAAGAGAGUGCUUUGUACUAUUUAUAAAUGUUUCUUUUUUUAUCGCUUUUUCUUAUGGGUGUUAUUUGUGAGAGAGAGUAAAGCCCGGGACAAAGCGAAAACAUUUGUUUUUUUUUUUACUUUUUUUUUUACGAGUGAUUUAGAGCCCAAUUGAAUGUAAUGUAACUGGGCUACAAAAACCCAUAUGUAAGGGCCCUUUUUGUGAUUAUUAUAUUUUAUAUUUGUUUA